AUGAGCGACGACCUGGGCGAGCUGCUGGGGCCGGUGGCGGCCGCGCUGCGGCUGCUGGGGCUCCAGGCGCCGUCGACGUCCUGGUCACUGACGUGGAGGGCGCUGCUGCUGCUCGUGGUGAACGCGUCCGUGCCCGCCAUGGCCGCUUCCAAGCUGUGGGUGGCGCCGGCAGCUAAGCUCGAGGAGCUCGCCGUCGAAGUCUUCGUCUGUGUCACCGGUGUCGCCAUGACCGUGAAGGUUGCAGCCUUCCUGUGGCAGCAGGAGCGGAUGCAGCGGCUGGCGCUGCUGUUGGCGGACUGUAGACGUCGCUUCGUGAGAAGCGGAGGCGGUCCCGGCGACACUCGGGCCCGCUACCGGCGACACAUCCGCCGCAUCGUGGUCUACAUGCAGGGUGAACAGCUGACUGCGUCGGCCUUUAGUGGGGACUGGCCCGAAGGCGACGCGCGCAUGCGCAAAGCACUCCUCGUGCUGAUGCUGCGCUCGUCCAGGCCACUGAAGCUCACCGUGGGCAAGCUGUACGUGCUCUCCAGGCACACGUUUCUCCAGAUACUGAAUGGAUCGUAUACGCUGUUCAACAUGCUGUACCAGGUGCAGACGAAAAAGUGACUCCACGAGAUGGCUGACGCCACUGGAAUUACACAACUUAUGUCAGAGCGAAACAAAUGCACUGGCGUCGAUGGA